CUACACUAGUGCGGUUGGGAGCUUCGACGCUUAUAAAAGCGAUGUGUCUAAAACUUCUCGAUCAUUAGACGACUAGGCGUCUCAGUUGUUACGAUAUUUAAGAACAGCUCCGACAAAAAUUUUCGAGACUGUGCUUCUUCAUUUGAUGAAAUAAAUUCGUAAAAAACUGAGAUAUUUAGCAACUAUUGAUGCAUUUUUAAUAUUUGCCACUAAGCUGGGAUUGAAAUCCGCGUAGUGAAUUUUAUUCGGGAAAAGUCGUUAAAUUUUCCAAUCGUGUGUUCCGUAGACGAAGUCAAAGUGUAUUUAAAAGAAAUCAAAUCGAUUGAAAACAUAUUAUCAAUCGAUUGACAGUUUUGUUCCCGAAUCAAAAUAAAGAGGAAAAUCAACGAAAAUUCAUCGGAAAAAUCAUUUCUAAAUUGAUUUUAUACCGCACUUGGAGUUCGUUUUUUUUUUUUUUUUGGCAAAUUGCUAUCACAGUGAAUUUUAACUAAAUUCUACCUAUUAAAAUAAUAGUGUGGGUGAUUCUCAGUUGAAAGCAAACAUAUUCUUCUGGAACUCAUCCGUCUACUCAAUCAAAUACAUCAGUCAUAAUUGUGAAUAAAGUAAAAAAAUAAUAAUAAUAACAAUAAUGGAUAAACAAUCAACACUCUUCUGUCUAUUUUUCGUGGCCGCUACAUUUAUCAGCGUGACAGAAUCAUGUCAUGGUGGUUCUCUCAUAACAACCGGAAUCACAGAAGCUCAAAAGUAUGAGAUUCUCGAGGCUCAUAACCGGCUUCGAUCACAAGUUGCACAAGGCCAAGUCCCAGGCCAACCGAGCGCUCAAAAUAUGCGUGAAAUGCAUUGGGAUGAGGAAUUAGCACAAAGAGCACAACAAUGGGCUAAUCAAUGCCACUUUGAACACGACCCAAGCAGAAAUACAAACCGUUUCAUAAUGGGUCAAAACUUGGCAAUCGUCUGGAGUACAGUUCCACUACAAAGCUACGUUAGUUUUUCGUCUCGUAUCCAAAACUGGUUCAAUGAAGUUCAAAAAUACGCUUGGGGAUCCAGAUGGUCAUCGAAAACUGGUCAUUAUUCGCAAUUAGUCUGGGGCAACACCAAUUUAGUUGGAUGUGGCUACUCAUACUACCAAGAUGGAACCCGUUUCAAUAAGCUUUGGGUGUGCAACUACGGACCAGGCGGUAACGUUGUCGGCCAUCAACCAUACGCAGUUGGACCACCAUCGUGCACAAGCUAUGGUAUGCUCCCAUCAUCAAGAUAUUCAGGAUUGUGUGUUACUACUUCGACUGGAUACACCGCAAACAACGAAAUUUACACCCAAAAUACAUACACUAUCAAAUCGGAACGUAUCAAUCCAACUGUCUAUCAACCAGCUCAAACAAGCCCAAGCUACAGUUCAUACACCCAACCACGAACAACUGCCGUCCAAGCAUACCAGCAAGCUCUGCAAACGUAUCAAAAUCCACAACAAUCAUACAACCAAGCCCAACAAAGCUAUCUAUCUGCUCUGUCAGCCUACACUCAAGCAUACUCAACACCACAAAUAUCGUCAACACCACAAAUAUCGUCAACGCCGUCAUACUCUUACCCAAGCAGCUCAGCUGUUGCCAGUUACGACUGGAGCGCGUACUUUGGAUAAAUCCGAUUUUUUUCACAUCAUAUUUUUUCUAAUUUAAAGUAACUUUUCUUUCAAAAAACGCCCCCAGAACAAAUCGCGACAUCUUUUCAUUGCAUUUUGAAAUUUUCGCCCAAUUCGCAAAUUAUUGUCUAGUUGAAAAAAAGAAAAUUUGUCCCAAUUUUUUCAUUAUCACUCGUUUGCAUUAUCAUACAUUUAGGAUUUAGUACUUGAAAAAAUAAAACUGAAAAGAUAUCGAAAGUCGCAACUAACCGGAAAAAAGAUGACACAUCUGCAAGAACCAAAUGAUUCAGAUUUAUGGGACAAAUUGUAAUUAAAAUCUCAUUAGUACGCGCGUUUAUCAUUCGGGUUAUACAUUACCCGUUCUUAAGUCAAGUAUAGAAGAAAAAUAUCAUAUGAAAGGUAUACGACGACGACGAAACUGUAGUCAAAGUGUAAGCUGAAAGCCGAUAGUAUUGAUGCUGGUUCAUCAAAAUCGAACGAGAACAAACAAAUAAGGGUUAUUUAAUACUGAAAAAGGGAAUAAUGUGGAAUCGACUCGCUAACUUCAACUUGGAAUGAAAAAAAAAAGAAAGAAGAAAGAUUAGGCGGGAAGAAUACCAUAUCCAGACAUAGAUUCUUCACUUCCACAAACACAAACACAAACACACAUACAAGCACACACACACACACACACAACACACACACACAACACAAAUCAAAAUUGCCGCUAGCAAAUAUUUGUAUCAAAUAUUUGUUUAUCUAGAAAGUAUUUUUUAUUGAAAUUUUUGUAUGGAUUGAUAUGCUGAUAGAAGAAAUAUAAAAGCAAUGAAAGCAAACAAAAAAAAAAC